ACAAGUCCAUGCAGUCGGACCUACGCUGACACACGAGAGAGAGAGAGCCUCUCCUGCAGCGCACACACACACACACACACACACGCAUUGCUGAGGUGGUCGGGAAUUCCGCAGCUCAUUCCAAACAUCGGCAGGUCCUUCCUCAACAUGUAACCGAUUCACCAAGGAGCACCGACAGCAUGCUUCGCCUCCACCGGACCUUGGCCCUGUGCUUCUGGUGUCUCCUCCUGGUUCGCAAGCAGACCUCCGCUGACGAAGAGGGGCUGUGGGGACCAACGCCUUCCAGGGAAAAGCCACCGCAAAAGAAAUACGGUUCUUACUGGCGGACGCCAAGCCUGCCAAAGCUCCCGUCCCUUCCACCGCUGCCGUUUCGUUUACCUUUUAAUCCUACCGGAGGUCAAAGCGAGACCACGGAGUUGUCAGACCCGACCGAUCGAUCCGCAUCUGGAGACGGGAUCGCAACUGAAGCCUCGGCACUUCCAACCGGUUCCGCUCAGUUCCUAAGCGGCGCGAGCGAGAUCAGGACGGAAAGUCUUUCUGCGGCAACAUGGCAUCCUCCACACGGAAGCGGUGACAAUGGCGCUCUUGUUGCAACCUCUGCAACACAUAUCGGGAAUACUCCGAGUCCCACCAGCUCGGGCAUGCCGAAACAAAAUGGGACACGUCGACGCCCACCGCCGGCCACAACGCUAGCGCUAACAGCGCAGGAUGACGGCGAGUUUUUACAUUCGAUGUCGACGACAACGGCAGCAGAAAUCGCAGUUCAUCCUGACAAGACGUCAACAAUCCCUGAAACGGGAACCACCUUCCAACCGACUCCCCCCGACACCGCAGCAGAGAAAACACAAAGUGUCAGCACUCCGAGCACCAGUUUGCGAGUGACCACCACCAUCACCCCCACCAGUGGAAAAGCCACUGCCCCAAAAGCGGAAGGUAAACAAACUAAAGCGGAUCAGGAAGGCGCAGCCUCGGAUGGUUCUACGACGGACGUUUCAUCGCCGCCGCCACCGACGUCUCUGCCAGGAGAAACGGUGACUCCGGCUGACAGUUCACUAAACCUUCAAACCCGAACGUCAGACCUGACGAGCGGCACCGACACGUUGCUUCCGAACUGCAAUAAAGAGCCAACCGGGGCCUGCGACUUGUCAUCGGACAUGAAGCCGCAGCAAAACAUCACAAGCACAAACCGGUCCAGCGGACCUUCGGCGUUCUCAUCUCCACUCAUGUUGGUUCCUUUAUACACGGACUGGAACAGCGCCAUGGCCGCCUGGGGCCUGGCCUGGGAGGCGCACGUGUAUGGCGCCGGUUGCGUCUUUGCGAUGCUAACGCUAGCCUGCGCACUCAACCUCCUCUGCUUGCCUCUGCGCUGUCCAUCCGGCUGUGGUUAUUUUGCUCUGGUGAGCCUGUUCCUGCUGGCCGCCGGGGCUAGCAGAUCUUUCUCGCUCCUGUACGACGCAUACGGCCACCGGGAACGCUUGCCCUCCGCCGAGGCCUCGUUGAUGCUCUACGAGGCACCGUUCCCUUGCCUGACGGCGGCGUUCGGCUUGGUUUUCCUUCUGCUUUCCAUGCGCUCGAGGAUGCAGCUCUCCUACUCGGCCUUCCAAAGACCCUGUUUCUUGGCUUGUUUGGUCACCUUGCACUUCGCCGCCGCCUUCGGACCGGGUACCCUGCUCAACUUCUACCAGCGGAAACCUCCGCUGUGCCUGUUCCUGUCGCUCAUCUCCCGCGGAGCAUUUGUAGCCCUUGCCACCUUCCUGUCCGCCGCUUAUUUUGUGUUCUACGUCUACGUGCGAGCAGACUCCAAGCACAUCUACCAUCUGAACAACACUUCGCCCACACCGGCCGAGCGAUUUAACCGCUGCCCCUUCGCUGAGAGCCGCGACUGGGACCGCGCGGCUGUAACGGUUUGCCUUUCCGCGCUGUUUUGUUUAGCCUGCGCCGGGCUGCAGCUGUACGCCAUGCUCAAUGCCGCGGGUGUCGCCGGGGGAGAGGAAGUCUUCCGCCCGUGGUGCUGGUGGGCUUUUCAAUUCAGCUGCAGACUGUGCGAACUGGGCGUUUGCCUCACCUUGGUGCUGGUGGUGGCACAGCCGGUCUACUGCUCCAACCAGCUACCGUCCGCCGGAAGCUGUUGGACUGAACUGCUGGCAUCGAAGGCACCCAUCCUACCGGGGAACUGCCAGUGGAGUUUAGGGCAGCGUGAGAAACUCGCUAUUGUGGACAGGGCGGGCCUCGGUGAAACGGAGAACCUUCCGCUCUACACCCUCAUGGACGAUAGGCUGUCUAGCAGUCUAAACGGGCUGGACUUCCUGUACCACAGCAACCGGGCUCUGGCCUAUCGAGAUCUUGAAGUAGAUUUAGACAUGAAGGACUCACAGAAACUUGGAAACGGAGGCUGUGGGCAGCCGUCGGGCGGAUCUUCGUUUGCAAGCGACUCCACGACGGAUCUGAGGCCGCCGUCGCCCAUCGACCUACGUCGCAGUAUCGACGAGGCGCUCUUCAGCGAGGCCCUUUUCCCCAUGAGUCUCUUCAACACAACCACACCUACAGAGAGCAGGGACUUAAUAAUAAACAACCACUGCGCACUUCCCAGCCUCUGCGACCCCCGCACGGAUGAUCCCGGCCUUUACCGGACCUCCUCUUGUGCAGACAUUACUUUGAAAGCACGUGAGAUCAUAGUCGGGGGUCCACCAUCUCCAUCCCUGUCCUCUUCCAGCUGCUCGUCUCCCGAGCGGUGGAGGGGGAGCUCCUCGUCCAGCUCUCAGUAUCGAGCGUCCAUCGGGGACUCAUCGGUAGCCAUCUGCCCGAGUCCGGAAGCACGAGCUCAGCAGCCGAGCGACCCGCAGAGGCGGUAUCAAACGCUAGGCGCCAACUCGCAAGAGAGCCUGGACCUGGAUAUGUCGUCAGAAGCCGACCGAUCUGUCCAGGAGGAGUUUAUGAGCGUUUGCAGACAAAUCGAUGCGGUCAGCAUCUGCAGCGAAACCAUCGAUUUGUAAUGGACAAAGACUUGAUGAGAGGAUUUCAUGAGAAGGUGAUUUUAAGGGUUAAUAUUGACAGAAGUUUUACAAGCGCAUGGUAAACUAGCACUGCCAAAAUAAAACAUUCGGGCGGAGCCUUCUUAAAUGGACAUCGGUGAACGUCUACGCGGGUUUAAAGUGCCAAAAACAACGGGUAGCUUUUAAGUUUUACACAAAAAAAAAUCUGCCUAGCAAGUAAAUAUACCUGUUUGUAAAGAAUAGCCAAAAUAACAUAUCUAAUCCGAUGAUAGAUACUGUAGAGCAGGUCAUGUUUUUGCGCUUAUAAAAUACUACUGAAGUUCAACUCCGCUGGAGCACAACCUGCUGAGGAUACAAAUGAGCGAGUGGCGUCCCCUGCUGGCCAGUCCCUGAAGAUUUUCAACAUGAACGGAUACCCUGAGCUUAACUAAUUUCUACACACAUAUGAAAUGCACACAGUUUAAUAAAGUGUAUUUGUAAACAAA